UUAAUUCGAAUGCUUGAGGAGGGAACAUUGCAGUCUCCAAGAUUCAGUAAAGUUGGACCCACCAACCAACCCAUCUGCUUUUGUAUCCUAGUCCUAGCCGUUACACCCAGCCUUAACGGUACCAUUCACCACCUUAUAAAAGACUCAAAUAAUUUAAACACCAUCUUCAAAAAGAUUCAAAGCAUUAUACAAUACUCUCAAGAAUCGCCGUAAUGGCAUCUUCCAAGCAUAGAAACGCAUGCUCCUUCACCACCAUCCUCCUUAUCUGUUUGAACUUGUCACUGUUUGUAAUCUCCGCAGCCUCUUUUGCUCCCACAAUCCUCCUCAAGAUGCCCCCAACCUCCUUCGGCAUGGCGUUCUUCAUGGUCUCCGGCAUCUCAAUUCUCUCAUCCCUUGUGGGGUUCUACUCCCAGCUCACAUACUUAUGCUUCCUCACCCACAUUUCCCUUGUAUUAGCCUCAUUGGUAGGUCAAAUUCUCACCAUAUUAGCCUUGUUUACAAGAGAGAAAGCAAGCCUGUCUCUGCUUAAGUCGCCUCGAGACCCGAAAGAAGCUAAGUUCUUGGUGAGGAUGGAAUGCGGGGCUUUGAUGGCAAUGUGCAUGUUGCAGGUGGUUGUGUUGGUCCUGAGUUGUGCAGUGCAUAGUUGUUGGGUCAAAGACUAUGAGGAGCUGGAAGCAGAGAAGGAAGCCAUGGCUAGGAAGAGAAGCAGAAAGAUGGCAAAAGUGCAAGAGGAAUCCAUGGCUAAUGGAACCAAAAUUGCACAGUGCAAAACCAAGGAGUUGGAUGAGAACAUGAAAAGCAAAAAUGAGCAGUGGGUGAAGACUGAUUUUGAACCCUGAAUGAAAGCAUUUUGAACCUUGUUAGUAGUGCAGAUAUUUGCAUGUUUUCAAAUUCUUAUUCAGUUCCAUGUUGUUUUUAUUCGGGUCACUGCGGUUGUGGCCAUUGCAUGUGUGAGCAUCCAUUUUUCUUGCUUUCAACUUAAUGCAGCUAAGUAAUUGAUUUGUAAUCAUGCUUCGAAGGUCUAUUAAUUAAUUAUAAUACAGGCCGAAAAAGAAGGGAAAACGAGUUAAGACGCA